AUAUACAUUUUGCAAUGAGGGGAAGCAGAAAAAAAUCCCCGGAUUGGACCGUAAACAAGAAGCACGAGAGAGUGUGGGAGACGGACAGAUGACAGAGUGAGGCAGAUGUGGAUCCUGCUGGGGGCCGACACGGAGGAGGAAAAACACCUCGACGCUGUUGGAGGGCGUUGAUGUUCACACGACAAACUGAGACAUCAUCCAGCGCUUCCUGGGGACAAGGAAAAGAGGCUACACUGAAUUCUGUGUGUAAAAGGGAAGAGAAUAAGCACAAUAAACCACACAGGAUUACACAAAGUCUGCAAAAAAUGAGAACAUCAUCCUCUACACGCCAGCCUUCAUAGACUAUGGUGGACAUUACAAAUCUCCCUUUUCUGGCCCACCCAGGAGAGGCAGUGGAGCAUUAAAUCACAUGCUCCUUCAAGAGUGAUCACGAACCAAACCUGCAGAAACCUUAUUCUCCUGUGUUCGAGGUGCCCCUUGAAUCCUUUCUGGGAGCUCAGAACACCAUAAACUUUCCCCAGUAAUUCUCAGUCAAAGGCAGCGCUCUGAUAAAAGUCAGAAACAAUUAAUGUUUUUCCGGUGAGUUCCUGAAAAAGAGACCCAACCACGGCCCACUGGAGGGUCUCAGAGAAGCCUUUGGGGAACGUUGACUUGGAGAAGAAGAUUGCUGCAGUGACGGAGGUGAUGGGUAACAAGAACGCCAUCCCACCAAAAGGUCCUGACACUGGGACUGGACAGAAAGAGGAAGGGCUUUGCAUCAACAGUUCUACAGGAAUGGUCUCCGGAGAUGGACCGCCAGGCCCCAGCCCAGAGCUGCUGGCCUCCCUGCAGUCCCUCAGAGAAAACACUGACUAUACACUGCUGCCACACUCCCUGCACCAGAUCGCAGAGGCCUACUCGCUCAAAGAGGACUACCAGUGGGCCAUCCGGUUCCUACAGCUGGAAAAGCUCUACCAUGAACGUUUGCUGUCCAACCUCGCCACCCUGCAGGAAAACUGGGAGAGUCAGUGGAGGGAGAAGAAGAAUACUGAGAGCAGCCUGCCCGCUGAGACAGACGGCGUCAGUCAGAAACACAUUGAGACCCUGAGCCAGAUCUGCAGGACACACCUCAGACCAUCCACCAGUGUGGGACAGCUAUGUUUGAUUCAACAGAACACGCUGAACACGACUCUGAAAGACGUUCAGAGCGAAAACGAGACACUACAGCCCUGUCAUGAUAAAGUCAACAGUCCUGAAACACACCAGGAUGAAGAACAAGAGCAAAGCACAGAGAGCUCAGAAUCAGAGCAGACAGGUCAUCGGGAGGGAGGUGAGGAUGAGGAGGAAGAGGAGGAAGGAGCAGAAGAAGAGACGUAUGAGGAAGGGCAGGAAGUAGAGGAGGAGGAGGAGCCGUGUGGGGAGACACCAGAGGAAGAGGUGAAGGUGGAGUGGCCAACAGGAGUCCCCCAGGCUUCAGACAAGGACCUGGCUAAGCUGUCCCACACAGAGGGGAGUUCCUCCCCUGAUGGUCUUGUCUCCAUUCUGAAGAGGAGGAGAGCAUCUCUGGAUGGAUUGCCUCCCCCAAGCAACAACAUCACUAAACAGAACUCCAAACGCAAAGUUCGCUUCAGUGAGCCGGAGGACGGCAUUGAGCAAGAUGAGGUAGGUGGAGACUCCUGCCUGAUCCUACUGCUGCUGUGUCUGGUUACCGUGGUGAUCAGCAUAGGCGGGACCGCCCUCUACUGCACCCUGGUGGACACUUACUCCAACAUUUGCACCGACUUCACUCACAACGUCGACUUCUACAUCACAAACGUACGGAGGUUCCUUGAGGGGCUCGGACACUGGCUGCCCCUCCGGACUUAGACACUUUCAUCUGAGUUCCAGACAUUUGUACUUACUGUAAUGGACAAUGUAAAAUAGAGAGUGAGGAUGAGAGAGUUCCUGAGUACGACUCGAUUCUGCAGUUUGAAGUCAGCGUGACAGGCAUGGACCUGAUGCUGCCAAGUCUUUAAAGCUUUGACUUCUCCUACAGUAACUGGAGUCUUUUAUAUGACGAACCUGACCUGUCAGUCCAAGAUUUAUGUAUAACUAAUGGGUGCUCAAAGCAACACCAAACAGUAGAAACUGAAAAACCACAAGCGUGCAUGUUGUGGGAUCAGAGUUUAAAAACUCUUUUGUCUACUUUUGGUUGUGUGGAUAUUUCACCUCAAGCUGAACCUUACAGAGGGCUCACAACUCUCAACAAUAUUUUUAUUUUUAACAGAAGUAGUUUAUCUGUGUACUAGUGGUUCGCUCACAUUUGUAGCAGUCGUAGCUGUGUAUACAUUUGUCUUUUGUUCCUGUUUUAUUUAGUCUUAUACAAAGAGAAAGCGAUCAUUAGAAUCAUAGCAUUGUGUGUUGUUCUUUUGAAAUAUUAAUGGACCGAAUGAUGAUUUAUAUUUUUUAAUUUUAAACUCAUGUUACCAUUUCCUUUUGUUCUGUUGACCCAUCUCUGUUGAAUGAAUAUACUGUAGGGCUGUACACAUAUAUCGGACACUUUAUACAGCACGACAACAAAGAUUUAUAUUAUUUUGAAAGAUCCUGAUUUCAGAUACAGCCUUUACAGCCUUUACUACAUGAUCCUUGUGUUUACCUCAAUACAAGUGAUUACUCCUAACAUUCCUCUAUCAUCUCAAUAUGAGCAGUUCAAAGAGACGCACUGUACUGCAUGUGAUACAGGUACGUACAAAGUGUCCUAUUAAAAACAAAGCACAGCAUCAUAAAAACAGUCUGCAUGAAUGAUGUUGUAUGUGUAGAUUCAGGAAGAGUGUGGCUCCUGGUAUAAAAGAGAGUCUACCACCUUAUAACACAGGUAGUAGGGUGUAGGGUUAUCAGUAUGCAAUACAGUAAUUUAACAGCUGCUCCACAAUCUCAGGCUCUGACCCUGUAUUUAUACUUUUGGUGGUCAAUGUUUUCACAUUCACCGUUAAGUGUGUUAACCCUAAAAUUCCUGCACUACAACUGUCUUGAAAAGGAAAAUAUCU